AGCAUCUGGCUUUGUCUCUUUUUAGGCUGCUUAGGCCCAUUCAGCUGGAGUAGUUCGAUGCAAGACGUCGCUUUCCACGAUUGACAUGCCAAAUUAUGGAGACGACGUCAAGUCCCAGCAGCGACACAUCGCUGCCGGCGCUGCUAUCGAGCAACUAUCAGGGCACAGAGCAUCUUGGAGUUGCGGGUGGUUUGGCUGCUGGGGUCGGCAUUGUGCUUGCCAUUUGGCUUGCCACUAUUCCCAAAAGGUUGACGGCCAGGACUGCUAAAGGCAAGCUGGAUAUGGAGGAGCCAGAGGCAAAGGCGGAGGCGGAGGCGGAAGAUGAAGGCCGAUGGGCGCUGCCUGUGCAGGAAACUUCUGCCGAGCAGGUCACUGAGGGCAGUGCUCACCCCGAGGGACUGGCAUCGCCCGCCUUGCAGCUGCGGGAACUCCACCAAUCCAGGGCCGGGGCAAUGAAGCCAGCCACCGAGACAUCCGUGUGGUCGCUGCCCGAUUUUCGCCGGGCAGAGGCAUCCCCAGCUUGGAGGCUGCGCGAGUUUCGCGUCCUUGAUGUGGAAGAUGGGGAGGAAGACUUGCACCGCCAGGAUCUGACCCUUGCCCCGGAUUCCCCGGAUGCUCAGCAUUCGGCUGUCCAAAGUUUCGGCAACCAAGCCUCGCAGGAACCUCCAACUCAACCAGCAGAUAUGAACAGAGCCUCCCCUGCCUUUCAGCUCCGCGACCUGCGAGUGCACUUGGAAGCAGAUGGCGAGGCUGUGGAGGAAGUGCCCUUGACCCACCCUGGCCGAUCGGGUGCGCGGCCCGAGAUUUCGGCUUUCGGGGCGCGCGGUGUGUCACCGUCUCCGGCAUUGCAGGUGAACGCCCUAAGCUCCGCGCGUCGCGAGAAUCGCGAGCUUCCGACCGACGCUGCCCACCCACCGACCGGGGCUUUGCCAGACACGAGCCGAGAGCGCAGCAAGACGGCUUUGCGGCUGUCUGACUUGCGGUCAAGCCUUGCAGCGCACCGCCACUCCCGGGAGGAACUGGAGAAUUGCGUUGCAGGUUUUGUCCGGUCUGAUGAGCUUUUGGGGUGCAUCACGCAGACUGAAGAGUCUCAAGCACUGCUGGCGCGGCGGGUGGCUGAUGCCAUUCAGGAUGAAGCGGCGCGUCCAGAGCUGGACAACGACAGGCAGCAGGUCAAGCGUCCAUACGUUCUGUCCGUUGCUUUAAAGAGCCUGGCGCAACCAGAUGCGGAAAUCGCAGCGGCACCAAGUCUUUAUCUGGAGACCUGAUUUAAGUUCUCAGAUGUUUUCAGUAGAUCGCCCUGCAUGAGCCUGGACCAGGCCCACUCAGCUUGUUUCACGCGAUGUGAGACAUGAGGUAAAGCGUGCAAUCUGCAAAGCAGAUGAUGUGCGCUCAUGCAAAGUUUGGACGGGCAUCACGGGAUGAGGCAUAAUGCAAGCAGUCCGUGCCAUUGCAGGAAAAGGC